GGUAAUCUCAUAAUAGGAAACGGCGAAGAACUGAAGAUCAACACGACUGCACCAUCCAUCGUUAAGAACAACUGUUCCAGUUGCAAUUACAACGCAUCACAUGAAAAUAGAUCUUCCUCAAGCUCGCAUGGUGAACAUCUCGCUGCCGUGAUUAGGUUCAGUGGUAACAUUGAGUUCAGAAACGGUUCAACAGUCCAAGUAUUUGGAAAGUAUGGUCUGAGUAUAACAAGUCAGAAUGGACACAUCUUAAUAGAAACUAAUAUAAACAUGACGUGUACAGAGAAGGUGCUAGAUGAAACAUGUCUCGGUGGGUUCACACAGUCAUCAGUAGGGGUAAAGGAUAGAAAAGAUGUACCCCUAUAUAAUGGUAAGGGAACCUGCUUUUAGUUGCCUUUCUCACAUUUUAUAGACAUAGCAAGGUGAGCACAAGGAUUAAUAAGUAUAAUUAAGAACAGUAAAUUGAGUCUCUUCGGAAGGAAAUUCAUAACUCCACCGUAGGGCAAGACUGGUUUCCUUGGGUACUUGAUUAUGAUGCUUGAUUAUGUCCUAAGUAUGAUUUAAUUUAAUGAUUUAUAACCUCUUGAAAUGCCAAAAGGAGCAUUUUGCCGCUAAAAACAAACGUUGGCUCGCACUCAGCGUGUCAGGCGUGUGAGGUAAUACCAGCUGUGAGCGAUUUAUUGCCACAAUUUGCUUAAUUCAACUGGAUUCUGAUUUAUGAGGUUGCUGAGCUGUAGCUGAGCUCCAUGAUAGAACCCGAAGUGCGCUGCCACCAACCAGGAUCUUUACAUCCAGUUUAUGAACACAUCGUUCAGGGAAAUACUGAGGCGGUCGUUUAUAACUGAUAUUUAUUCAGUCCGUAAGCAAAGCUUUGUCAGAUUCGAGCUACAGCCAGUAGACUGACUGAUAAAGAACAAUUCACUUUCCUUGCGUAAGAUUACCAAUGCUUCGCACUUUUACAGCCUAAGGCUCAUUUCACCUUCCAAAGGCCAUGUUCAAGGAACAGAUGAAAACAUUUCUUUAUGAUCACAAAGCUAUCAUGACUCCUGGGUUCAAACCAUUCACUGAAUUUUUUUUAUAACUGAUUAAAUUCGCGUAAUUUUAAGAAACAGAUGUGAGUCGCGUCCUUAAAAAACUGGUGGUCAAUAACUAGAGAAGGACAACUUAAUAGAGGGUUUACUGCAUAGAGUAUUACUCCACCGAACAAGAUGCUAGUCCACAGUGACAGUAAAUGGGCAGUAUUGUACCGUGAGGUGCUCCAUUUUACAACUGGGUAGUGACGAAGAGAGUCUAAAGUCCGACAAAAUACCAGUCUCUACGAUGAGAUUUCUUGAUUUUAGUAAUUAAAGCCUUUUAAGCAAGGGAUUUUUUGUUGAUUUCCAAUUUCUUUUCAGGUCUUGGUCCUGGUGGUUUUAUAAAAGGCCAAGGAAAUUACCCGUGGGAGGUCUGGUGCAUACCUGGUUCUAGUCAUGGUGGAAUAGCUCAGGCUCAGGAUGUUACAAAAUCACACCCAGGUUCAGAAUAUGAUCAACAAGACAAAGGAUCAUUAAUAGGAGGAAGCGGAGGUGAGAUAAAUUAUUCACUCACUUGCAUGGAUCAAACUCAACAGGCAGCUUUGGGGCUCUGAUCAAAGUACUAAUGAGUGCUAGAAUGGAAUGAAAAUAGGAUGAUAGAAAAAAACACACUACAACCAUCGGCUGUACCUUACGGCCUACUCAUCACUGCGACAAAUCAGGUCCAUAUAACUGUGUUUUCAGCUACUUCUUCACUUCAGUGUUUGCAAUUAUGAUUGUAAGUAAAAACAUUAUGACUAAAAAAAUCAACAUCAAAAACCGGGAGUUAUAUAAAUGAAUUUUGAAAACCUCUUUACAGAUAGCCAAAAAAUGUUCGGUAUUAGCUGGUAUUGUAGUUGACGGUUUCGAUGACUGUUAGCCAUCUUUUUCAAAACUGUAGGAGUGUCACAGCUCUAAAUGGAUCCCUAGCUGUAAAGACAAAAGUAUCAUUUCACCAAGCCUUUGCAUAAAGUGCCCAACUAACUCAUCGACAAAGCAAAAAAUAGAGAGAAUACGCAGAAAAUAACCCAUGUUUAAGGAAAGAAGCUAAGUUUAGCUGAUCGAUUCCAAAGCGACACCAAACAACAAAUCAAUACUUGCGCUUAACGAGAGUUGAGAGAGUAUACAUCAAAGAAACGAACUGCAGGCAGAAAGAUAGUUUGUAAAUCUAAUCCCUAAUUCGGAGACGAUAAGCCUGUCGGAAAACAAUCUGACGCGAAAAAAAAAAAAAACAUUGGGUCGUCAAGCUACCCAAAAUACAUGAACAAAAUAUACGUUGAACCAAUGAUACAGUUUUGUGUUAAGUUUUUGAUAAUUAUAUCUGUCCUGAGUAGCGAAAGAUUAAAAUCGUUCCUAAUAAAAUGCCUAUUUAAAUAUUAAACUUGUUUUGUAUUUUUGCUGUUAAUCCUAACCUCCUUAAACCUCAGGUUCGUGUCUUUAUUCGACGGGAAGUGUUGCUGGUGGAGGAGCCAUUGAAAUAAAAGCAGAAAAAGGAUGCAUAAUCAUAAGUAUUAACCAUUAUCAAAGUUCUUGUAGGGUAUUUAUUUAAUCUACCAACAACGUAGAACCCUAAAUGGCUAAAAAGAGGUCAGGAAAAAAAGACGUUUGAUGUCAACUGAUACAGGAGCAAGAACAGUGUAAGACUGAAAACACCCGACUUCUCACAAUAUUACCGUCUCUGCAGUGAAUGUUUUAAUUGAGUAAAUUGUUUGUAACUCAUUUUCCCGAUUUCUAUGCAACACUGCUAAAUUCUUACCAAUCUGUUACUAGCAGAAACUGCUUUUUAUACGUCCUACCAUACGGUAGCUAUCGCAGCCUUAAAACAGUAUUUUGAGGAUUCUUUCUUACCCGUCAAAUGACCCAGCCUGAAUUUCAGCCGGCCUUGUUCGUCUCUCUCUGGGGUUUUCGACUCGAGGAGACGGCUGAAAUCCAGGAUAUAAAUGACCCAAUAUUACGUGUGGUUACACGGGACACUUUUACCUUGGUAAAAUACCAUUGGAAAUACCAUAAGAAAUAUCCACGGACACGUCAAAAAGAAGAAUGAAACCGCCCAUGUAAUUAAACGUGGUAAAUAGAUAGCCAAGGGUGUUUCGAUACCCAUGGCAAGAAAGCUAAUCAGGCUAAGACACUAAAGGAUAGGAUUCUUUGACUUUGAUAAGAUUCUUUAGCACUGUUUCGAGAAAGAUCGACUUUGACAGGAAAAGUUUAACGUUAAGAUGAAAGUCAAACAGGGAAAUUUUAAGGCAAGAUUUCAGCUGGUUUGUCAGUGGGCAUGAUGUAGGAGAGAUAAUUACCACUGAAAAAUAUGUUCUAUUCCUGACAGAUAUUUGAAAUGGACUGAAUUGUAAAUGAAUUUAAAUGGAAUCUAAGGCCUAGAUUUAAGAAAAAUGGUUUUAUUAUUGCUUCGCAACGUUAUUAGGACUAAGAUACCAGAUGAAAUCAGCAUGAAAUUGUGCUUACAUUAAAGGUAAAUUUUCAACAAAUCAUUAAAUCCUGCUACAAUCGACUGCCAUUAUUACUGCAAUAGCGCAAAUGAAGCCGUAAGAGCGGCUUUUUAUAUACAAUUAAUUCAUGUCUACUCACAUGUUACCACAUGACUGUAAACUAAACUCACGUUAGGAAUACUGUACAUUGCUUCGAUGACAAAUUUUAUUUUAAUACUUUCCAGAUGCAAUUAUCAAAGCUUCAGCUCAGACAGAAACAGACAAUUCCAAAAUAUGUACUGGUGGAGCUGGUGGACUUAUUCGCCUUAAAGCUCGUCACGUAAUUGAUAUUUUAAUGCAUAAUUUAUAG